AUGCAUCGCAGGCACACCACCCUGCGAGAGAAGGGGCGUCGUCAGGCCAUCCGAGGGCCCGCCUACAUGUUCAAUGAACGUGGCACCAGCCUUACUACAGAGGAGGAGCAUUUCCUUGACGCUGCGGAGUACGGCAACAUUCCCGUUGUCCGCAAAAUGUUGGACGAGUCGAAAACGCUCAAUUUCAACAGCGUUGACUACAUGGGCCAGAACGCAUUGCAGCUAGCCGUUGGCAACGAGCACCUGGAGGUCACUGAGCUACUCCUGAAGAAAGAGGGGAUGGCGCGCAUUGGUGACGCGCUCCUAUUGGCUAUCAGCAAAGGCUAUGUGCGAAUCGUGGAGGCCAUAUUGGCUCAUCCGGCAUUCGCAGGGAGUUUGAGGCUAACCUCGAGUCCGUUGGAGCAGGAAUUGAGGGAUGACGACUUCUACGCUUACGAUGAGGACGGACGCUUUUCACACGACGUAACGCCGGUGAUUCUUGCCGCACAGUGUCAGGAGUACGAAAUCGUACACAUUUUGCUGAUGAAGGGCGCCAGAAUCGAACAGCCACACGACUACUUUUGCAAGUGCUUCGAGUGUACAGAGAAACAAAGGCGCGACUCUUUCAGUCACUCUAGAUCACGGAUGAACGCAUACAAAGGGCUCGCUAGCGCCACCUACCUUGCGCUGUCCAGCGAAGAUCCCGUCUUGACAGCGCUAGAGCUCAGCAAUGAACUUGCACGACUUGCCAACAUAGAGACGGAGUUUAAGAAUGAAUACAGGAAGCUGUCUAUGCAGUGUAAGGACUUUGUGGUGGGUGUCCUGGAUCUCUGUCGGGAUACAGAGGAAGUGGAGGCCAUUCUGAAUGGUGACGUGGAUAAGAACCCCCCCGCAGACCAACAAAGACCCUGUCUGAGCCGGGUCAAACUUGCCAUCAAAUAUGAAGUCAAAAAGUUUGUCGCUCAUCCAAACUGCCAGCAGCAGCUGUUGACGAUCUGGUAUGAGAAUCUCUCCGGUCUCCGGCAGCAGUCCAUCGCCGUGAAGUGUUUGACGGUUCUGGGCGUAACUGUCGGCCUGCCCUUCCUCGCCAUUGCGUACUGGAUCGUGCCAUAUAGCAAGCUGGGUCAGAUAUUACGGAGUCCCUUCAUGAAGUUUGUAGCCCACGCCGUCUCUUUCACCAUUUUUCUGGGUCUGCUAAUUCUGAACGCAUCGGACCGCUUCGAGGGGGUUAAGAACCUCCCGAAUGAGACAAUAACAGACCACCCACGGCAAUUAUUCCGAGUCAAGACCACCCAGUUCUCCUGGACGGAGCUGCUCAUUAUGAAAUGGGUGCUUGGAAUGAUCUGGUCGGAGUGUAAGGAGAUCUGGUGUGACGGUCCACGUGAGUACGUCAUGCACUUGUGGAAUGUUCUAGAUUUCGGGAUGCUGUCUAUCUUUGUGGCCUCGUUCACGGCUCGGCUCAUGGCGUUUCUCAAAGCGUCUAAAGCUCAACUCUACGUGGACCUGCACGUCCCUAAUCUCGACAUCAGCAAUGCAACACUUCCUGCGGACAUCGCCUACUUCACAUAUGCGAGGAACAGGUGGAGACCAUCAGAUCCACAGAUCAUCUCAGAGGGUCUCUACGCCAUCGCGGUGGUCCUAAGCUUCUCCCGUAUCGCUUACGUCCUCCCCGCCAAUGAGAGCUUCGGCCCGCUACAGAUCUCACUCGGCCGCACGGUGAAGGACAUCUUCAAAUUCAUGGUCAUCUUCAUUAUGGUCUUUGUCGCCUUUAUGAUCGGCAUGUUCAACCUUUACUCAUAUUACCAGGGGGCCAAAUAUAACCCAGCAUUCACCACGGUUGAAGAGAGUUUCAAGACUCUGUUCUGGUCUAUAUUUGGUCUGUCUGAGGUGAUUUCUGUGGUUCUGAAAUAUGAUCAUAAGUUCAUUGAGAACAUCGGGUAUGUGCUGUACGGGGUUUAUAACGUCACUAUGGUGGUGGUUCUGCUCAACAUGCUCAUCGCCAUGAUCAACAGCUCCUACCAGGAAAUAGAGGAAGAUGCUGAUAUGGAAUGGAAGUUUGCACGUGCUAAACUCUGGUUGUCGUACUUCGAUGAGGGUCGGACUCUCCCGGCGCCCUUUAACCUGGUGCCCAGCCCGAAGUCCUUCUGCUACCUGAUCGUCCGGGUCAAGUCCAGCCUCGUACAACUCUGCAAAGGCAAAGCUCAUCGUCAUGACAACGAGCUGGAGAUGGGCACGCUGAACUCACGGCCAAAGCAUGAUCGUGAUCGAUCAAAUCUCAGGAGCAGAGAGCUGAAUACCACAAAGAAACCAAUCAAAAACCCAACACGCUAUCAGAAGAUAAUGAAGCGUUUGAUUAAGCGGUAUGUUUUGAAGGCUCAGGUCGACAGCGAGAACGAUGAAGUAAAUGAAGGCGAGCUGAAGGAGAUCAAACAGGACAUCUCAAGUCUGCGCUACGAGCUUCUCGAAGAGAAGUCUCAGGUGACAGGAGAACUCGCUGACCUCAUACAACAGCUCAGUGACAAGUUCGGCAGAAACACCAAAAAACAACCUUGAGACCAGGAUAGAGAGAACGAGAGAGAGAGAGAGAGAGAGAGAGGACAUAGUUUAGGUACAGUGCCCCCCAAAAUGUUUUUGGACACUUAAGUCUCACUUAUAAAUGUCUGAAUGUCAUUGCAUUAGAUAACAAAAUAUCAAAACAAGAGGCUAGGACACAUGUAUACACUUUAGGGGAAGUGAAUUCAUAUAUUCACUAAAAAUCACCAAGACUCCAGUUGAUAAAAAGAGAUUGAGCAAAACUGUCACCGUUUGUGAAGACAAAGGGGUUUUAUAAACAAAAGGGAACAAAUCCAAACAUAAACUACCCUGAAGAGGAGAACACAAUCCAAGCUGGAAGCCCGCUGAUGCUGGGCUGGGGCAGAGGAACAGGAUUCAGGACCGACUGGAACAGGGACACGAAACAAGACGAACUGGCACUCGACAGCACACACGAGGAGACUAAAAAAGGGAGAGAAAUCAAACCGGUUAACAAGAGGACCGGCGAGGCAAAUUAAUUAAUAAUGGGCAAACAAGGAGUCGGGGUAUGAUGCAAGACCGAGAGACACAAGGCAAAAACAGAAUUGGCACGAGUGCACAUCGCCAAGAUAAUAGGCAACAUGCGCCCAUGCCAACCGACGAGAGAAUGCACGGCAACAUUAACAAAGCAGGGGCUUGCAUUCUCACACGAGACACAACCCGAGCGUACAUCGCGAGGCAAAAACUAUGCGAUGCACGCCAAGGGCGGCAAAAAAGAGACAGGACACUGGUGCGAGAGUUCGGCCACAAAUAAACCUCAGACAGAAGUGACCAAACCUCAGCUCAACGUGAAGACAGAUCGCGACCCGGGCGUGCCGCCCAAAACGAGUGCAAUGCGCACCCACGGUCGCGAAGGACAGACUAUUGUCUCGAGUGCAUCCCGCCGAGAUGUCAUAAGCGCAAUCCACUCACGCCGAUAAGAGACAAGACGUGGAGCACGAAUGUCCGGACCCCGACAGCAAAACCGAAACGAACUGACAGGGAAGUCCGUGUCCAAACACUAUCCUCCGGACAUGAAAGACGAGACCGACCGAUGAGCGCACGGCAGGAAACCACAACACAAAACAAUGAUGUCAUGAUCCUGUCACACAAAAACCAAACCCACAGAGUGACACCACCGUGACAAACUGGCUCCGAAAAGUAUAGGUGAGUCUGAGAAAAGCCCCAGCAGCACUUGAGGCACGCAGAUGACACUUUAUCAAAUGCAACAACAUUCAGACAUUUUCAAUGUUAGUGAAAAUGGCAUGUUGCAGCGUUAGUGCAUAAAGGAAAGUAGUGCUGUUUAGAAAAUGCAUUUAAAAGCCACAUAAAACUCAGACUCACUGAACUACAUAAUUAUGAGUCGAAUAAAAGAGCUGUCCUGUUGUGAUGCAGAUCGGAGCUGGUUUGUUUGAUUCAAGGCUCACAACUCUAUUGAUGCAUUAUCUAAAAUCAACAUGCUAAUAGGCGCUUUUAUGAGAAUUCUCCUCACUAAACAUCUUCCAAAAGAAAGAGAGAUGAGACAAAAGAAAGAGGAGAGACAAAUGGAGACCAGACAAAGGGUGCAGGGUCACAGCUGGUAUGCAGACACUGUUUCAUCUCUCGUAAGAGUCAUUUCCUGUUCUGAGAGAUAACAUCUCACACGAGAGAGAGGAAUAUUAUUGGA